AUGGGUCACUGCAGUGCUAGUGCUUUCAUCCAACUUGUCUCACUAAUUAUAUUGUCAGGAAUUUUAUCCCUUGAAACCAUUAAACUCGGUUUCUGCAAUGAUGAUAAUAGUGUGGGCUGCACAGAUAUAGAGAGGAAAGCCCUUCUCAUGCUCAAACAAGGCCUCACAGAUCCUUCUGACCGGCUUUCGUCUUGGGUGGGAGAAGAUUGUUGCAAAUGGAGUGGCGUAGGCUGCAACAACAUAACUGGACGUGUCAACAUGCUCGAUCUUCGCAAUCGCUAUUCAGAUGGGUUAAAUGGUUACAGAUCAAUAGAGCAUGCAUUUGGUGGUGAGAUCAACCCUUCUUUGCUUGUUUUGAAAGAUUUGGUUUACUUAGAUUUGAGCAUGAAUUACUUUGGAGGUGUCCAACUUCCAAGUUUCAUUGGAUCACUAGAGAAAUUGAAAUACCUCAAUCUCUCUGGUGCAUCUUUUGGUGGAAUCAUUCCCCACAAUAUUGGAAAUCUCUCAAGGUUGCUUUAUCUUGAUCUUGGUAAUAACUAUGGUCACCCAAUUGAGACUGACCUUCAAUGGCUUGCAACUCUUUCUUCCUUAAAGUACCUUAACUUGGAAGGAGUGAACCUUGCUAAGACUACAUCCUAUUGGCUUCCCACUGUUAAUAUGCUUCCUUCACUUGUUGAAUUGCAUUUGCCCUCUUGCGGACUUUCCAUCCUUCCUUUCACUCUUCCUUCUAUCAAUUUCACAUCCCUUUUGGCAAGUAUCUGCCCACUUAACUCCGAUAUAACACCAUUAAAUUCUAUUAAAAUAAUACAAACAAAAACAAAACAAAACAAAACAACAAAACAACCUAGCAGGUAA